GAGGCGGGGCCUGAGGGGUCCUGAUGACAGAGCGAUCAGGCUGUGCGGCUACAGCCUGUGAGAAGGCUGGGAAGAUGGCGGCCUCCUGGAGGCUAGGCUGUGACCUGCGGAUGCUGCGCUAUCUCCUAGGCUUCGGCGGCGGGAGAGGCCUGGGGCUGGCUAAGGGGGCUACUGGGUGGUCUUUUGGCCGAGGAGCUAGUUGGAGAUGGUUUCACAGCACGCAGUGGCUGCGGGCUGAUCCUAUUAAGAUACUAAUGCCAUCAUUAUCUCCGACAAUGGAAGAAGGGAACAUUGUGAAAUGGCUGAAAAGAGAAGGUGAAGCUGUGAGUGCUGGAGAUGCCUUAUGUGAAAUAGAGACCGACAAAGCUGUGGUUACCUUGGAUGCAAGUGAAGACGGCAUCCUGGCCAAAAUAGUGGUUGAAGAAGGAUCUAAAAAUAUACGGCUGGGUUCGCUAAUUGGUUUGCUAGUUGAAGAAGGAGGAGAUUGGAAACAUGUUGAAAUUCCCAAAGAUAUGGGUCCUCCAGCCGCUUCAAAACCAUCAGUGCCUCAGCCCUCGCUGGAACCACAGACUUCUGCCCCCGUCAAAAAGCAACACACACCGGGGACACUGCAGCUUCGUUUAAGUCCAGCUGCCCGCAAUAUUCUGGAAAAACAUGCACUGGAUGCUAGUCAGGGCACAGCCACUGGCCCUCGGGGGAUCUUCACUAAAGAGGAUGCUCUCAAGCUUGUCCAGUUGAAGCAGAUGGGCAAGGUCCCUGAAACCAGACCAACUCCAGCCCUUCCAGCAGCCCCCGCUGCUCCUCUGCCCUCGCAGGCCCCCGCCAUGCCAGCUUAUCCCCGGCCGAUGAUCCCACCCGUGUCAACUCCGGGACAGCCUAACGCAGCGGGCACAUUCACUGAAAUCCCGGCUAGCAAUAUUCGAAGAGUUAUUGCCAAGAGAUUAACUGAGUCUAAAAGCACUGUACCUCAUUCAUAUGCUACUGCUGAUUGUGACCUAGGAGCUGUUUUAAAAGUUAGACAAAACCUGGUCAAAGAUGACAUUAAAGUAUCAGUAAAUGAUUUUAUCAUCAAAGCAGCAGCUGUUACCCUUAAACAAAUGCCAAGUGUGAAUGUAAGCUGGGAUGGAGAGGGCCCAAAGCAACUGCCUUUUAUUGACAUUUCAGUGGCUGUGGCAACAGAUAAAGGUUUAAUUACACCGAUCAUAAAAGAUGCUGCUGCCAAGGGUAUACGAGAAAUUGCUGACUCAGUAAAGGCUCUAUCAAAGAAAGCAAGAGAUGGAAAAUUGUUACCAGAAGAAUACCAAGGAGGGUCUUUUAGUAUUUCCAACUUGGGGAUGUUUGGCAUCGAUGAAUUUACUGCAGUGAUCAACCCUCCUCAGGCCUGCAUUUUGGCUGUUGGGAGAUUCCGACGUGUGCUGAAGCUCACUCAGGAUGAAGAGGGAAAUGACAAACUACAGCAGCACCAGCUCAUCACGGUCACAAUGUCCAGUGACGGCCGAGUGGUAGAUGACGAACUAGCUACCAGGUUUCUUGAAACUUUUAAAGCAAACCUAGAGAAUCCUAUUCUACUUGCCUAGCCCUCAUAGAUAGAGCUGUUACCCACAAACAUACACUAGUCGAAAAAAAUUAAUAUUUAAGUGUGAAGUGGAUGAAAUGUUUACUUAUUUAAGGUGAAAACGUUUGACCUGAGUUGUCUUCCUUUCCAGUUUGGGUUUAAUGUUGUAGGACAAAUGAUAACAAACUGUUACAAAUGAAAGAGAACGUUUGGUUAGUCAGAUCCAUUUUUAACCUCUGGUGCUGUACUAGAUGUAAAUUAAACUAUGUGUUUGACUCCUUGCAAUGUUUUAGAAUAUUUGAAAAUGUAUGAUAAAUUGUAAACUCAAAAAAAUUGUUGCAAUUCUUCUUAAUUGUAUUGAAAGAGAUGCCCAUUAAUUUAGCAUUGGGACCUCACUUUUACAAGUACUGCUCUAGAUAUACUUGAACAACUUAAUUUGUACAGAAGUUUAUUCUGGAUAAUAGUAAAUAAAUAAGGAUCACAUUGUAUUUGGGGUUGUGGCAACAUUAUUGAACUUUUUAUGUAUAUAUAGCCAUAUGUUUUAGAGUGCUUUCUAUCAGUCUUAUUUUUUACUACUGUAACACUGUGAACUUCUAAAGAAAAAGAAUAAAACAAUCAAAACUGGAGAGAGAGAAAGACCAAAAUAUUUGUUUGUUUCAAUGAUCAACUAUAGUUUAAAUAUCUAAACCCUCAGAAAUUACUGCUCACCUUCAUACUAAGUUGGAAUAUAUUAAAAUAAAUUAUACUAUUUCUUAUCAAACAUUUUAAGUUAAUAUUGAUUUAAACACAGAAUGUUUCAAAUUUGUACUGUGCAAUAAGUUGUGAGAAAAUACAAAAAUUUCUAUUGUGUUUUAAGUGUUUAGGACACAGAUGUUUAGGGAAAACUUGAAGUAGAUUAGUAAUUUCCCUGGAACCAGCUUAAAAGGGACACUCCAGAAGAAAAGAAGGAAUUUAAAAUUAAUGUGGCAUUAGGAAAACAACAGCUAUGGAAUGUAAAACUUUGGAAAGAGAGUAGAAGAGAAGCCUUAUGAAGCAGGUGAGAACUAUCCUUUUUAUUCCAUCGAUGAUAUGAAAUGUUCACUAAGUAUCAGAAAGGUCAGAAGAGCUUAUUUUUCUCUUUUAACAACUCUGCUACAACUGGCAAGAUAGCUGUACCGAAGUUGGAUGGUAGUUGAAUUAACCAGUCACAGGAAGACUCGUGUUAGUAUCUGCUGACGUGAAUCACCAGAAGACAGACUAUGUGGUACAGGUUAUGUGGUAUGAUUUGAUGGGCUACUUAUCCUCUCAGAAAAGAGCCUUCUAAAAUAGAGCUCCAUUCUAUCCAUUGUUAAGAAAAUGCUUACUCCCAUUCUGUUUUAACAUGUGUUUUAAAAAUAGUCUCCAAAACUCUUGUCAUAUUAGCAGUUGUACUGAAAGUGGUAACCAAAUGCUGCUUUCAAACAACUUUUAGCAGUUACAUUAUUUUCAGUCAGUUUUAACUGAAAUUGGUUUUUUCCCCUAAUUUUUAUAUCUGAUGCAUAGAGCUUGAGCCAGCCAUAAGUAACCCUUGGCUUGGAGUUCUGCUUUCCAUGGCCUGAGGUGCAUAAACCGUAAUGCGUCUGUUUCCCUGUGGGUGAAAUGGGCACUGAACCCCACCCCAGGCUGCCUUACAGCAUUAUUGUGAACUGCCCAGGAGAAAUGCUGUAUAAAUUUAAGAUAUUUUAAUUCUCCAUGGACAUCACAACCAGGCUUUUCAUAUAAUGAGUUGCUUCUCAUAGUUUGACUUUUCAUGGUUUGACUUCUCCGCUGUGGGUACAAGUGCUCAUUCAUGCUGACUAAAAAUAUUUUCUCUAGUAUCGCUAUGUACUGCUUGGGUUUAUGUAAGGAAAUUGUCAUUUCAUUUCUGAAAAGAAUUUUAUUGCUCUGUGAGGUCAAAGGCUAACACUGAUUUGGGAAAGCAGUAUAUGGUGUACUUGGUUUGCAUCAUUAUAGAGAAGGAACCGUGUGCUGCUUGAGCAGGCCCUGUAUACACAUUCUGUAUCUAUACUUGGAGUACUGAUAGCUAUCACACGAGAGGAUGUGAAAACCAAAUUUGAUACCUUGUCAUCUUUUUUCUCAUUUAAACAGUGAAAAUGACUAUACUAUUGGGAAGACUUCUAAGGAAAAGGUAAUGCCCAUUCCAGUUAACACUUAGGCAUGAAAAUAACAAUGAACAUUAGAAUUUGUAAGUUAAAAUAGCCCUGCUUCUCCCUGAUUGCCACUUCUAGUUAACAUUUACAGGUACAGUUUGUUUGCUCACUAACUAUUUUGUAGCAGAUUAAAAUCAUCAGUGUACUGCUGGUCAGACUCCUUUGUUUGGAACAUUACUAAGUUAUAUAUAUAUAUAUAUUGGUGUAGGUAUUUUAUAUAUAGUGUCAAAUGGAACUUGUAUUUUUAGAUUUUUUGUUUUCUUUGUUACAUUUUGGACUUAAUUUCAGACUACAUUGUAUAGGCCAGCCAUUUGUGCAUUAUGCUACAAGUAAACCUAGUUUCCUAACCUUUUAUUGAAAGGUAGGUGGUGCUGUGAGUUAAUGUAUUGUACGUUGAAUGUGGGAGAAAAAUAAAAAUGGCAUUUAAAUCUUGGUUUUCCAGGAAAAUUUGUCCUCAUUACACAUUGCAUGAUGAUAGAUUUUGUCUCAGGUGAAAUGAAUAAAUGAAAGAACCAAGUGUGUGGCAUGUAAGAAUUAACCAUUAAUUUAAAUGUGACAUUAUUAAUGGGGAACUCUUUUUGGUCUCAGAAGAAAGAAGUAACAAUGUAGAAUUACUUUCAGACUAGGCUAAAAGGGAGCGGACCGCAGUCAGCAGGAGCCAGCUGGAAGCUUCUGCUAAAAGGAAAGCGUGAGUUCUUUAGAUUAUGCACUAGUUCAAAUGGCUUUCAAGAAGGGAGAACAUGAAGCAUAUUGGAGAUGCUGGUUUGCUGUGGUGUAUUAUGAAUUUAUGGGGCGGGUGUGUGCUGUCAGAUAGUGCAGCAACAGUGAGGCAGUUUCCCAGCCUAAAACACAGUGCCCCGUGGUCCCCGUCACCAGUAUACAGAAGGUUAAGAUUCUGAGCAGUUAUAUACAGCACAUGGUGUAUUUCAGGAGACAGUCAACCUUUUUAUGAAUGGAUAAAGCAAUCAUCUUCCAAUGACAUUUUAAAUAGUUUUGUGGAUUUAAAAUUUUUAUUUUCUAGUGUCUCCAUUGGUUUCAAGAGAUGGGGACAGAUAGGUUGGUGGGAAGGUGUGAUUUGUCUAGACUUGUAACACUGAAGACCCCAUUGAAUUGAAAUGAUAAGGUAUAAAGAUGUAUUUUGAAAAUUAUGAUUUGCCUUAGUGAGUGGCUGUCUUAUUUCUUUGAUCACAUAAAAUUUACUUUCACAUUUUAUCACUUGUUUAUAUUUUUUUCAACAAAGCCAAAAGCAGCCUUCCCAGCAAAGUAGGUAUUUUUUAAACCUCUAAUUUAACCUCGACUAUGUAUGAUACGUAAAAUUAGGGAACCUUGGGCUUUUAUUAAAAGUUGAGAAAUUAUUAGCAAAAUUUAUUUUUCUGAAAUUUCUUAGUUUAUGAAAUUCUUUAUUACUCCUAUCACUAAAAUGUAGAAGGUCUGUUAAAGAUAAGGUUAUUUGUGAUCAAAUUAAAUAUUAUUCAUAACACUUUAUAAAGCAUAAUGUAUUCUAUAAAUCUAAGAUGUUAAAUUUUUAAUCGCAUAAAUUGCACUUAUUCUACACUUUUUAUCUGUGCCUUAUCAACAGCCUGUUUGAUAGGGAAUGGCAUUUAUCAGGAAGCUUAUAGGAUGCCACUUAAGAAAUUACCGUCCUUGCAAGUGGAACUACUGGCUUUUAGUACAUACUUUAUUGCCCAAGUUUGCAUACUUAAAUCAAUGUAUUUUAAGCCUUUAGUAUUUUAGUUUCAAUUUUAUCUAUAAAUCACUGCACUCAGUAAAAACCUAUUUCUGUGCUUCCAUAUUCUAUUACCUAUAAAAUGAAGCAGGAGGAAAAAUUAAUCACAGCGGUGUUUGCUGAUCUCAUUUAACCUCAAUUCUCUAAGGUAGGUAUAGCCUACUUUACUAUCAUUGCAGACAGGAUAAGGAAACUCAGAGAUUGUGUGGUUUGGUCAACAGCACACAGCACCAAAGUGCCAGUUCUGGGAUUUGAACCUAGUAGGUCUGUGCUGCGCCAAAAUUCGAGCUCACUACUUUGCAGUACACAACUUUCUAAGCUCUGUUACUGCUGCUGAGAUAGUUCAUGUUAACAGGUAGCAUUUUCCACUUGUAAUAACUGCAGGGCCUGUUCUUCGGUCAUGACGCUAGUGUGUUUUCUGCAUGGCCACACUUAAUUCCUACGUUCUCUGUAGUGGAUUUCUUUAUGCAUUGAUGGUAAUUGUACGCAGAAACUGCUGAGGGAUUUUUAUUUUCGUUAUGGGCAACUAUUAACUCGAAAUGCUGAGGUAAAGUGUUACAACUUCUGUCUCUGAAUGGAAGGCUUAGAAAAUAUAACCUUGAAAAAUUAGUUUCUCUAAGUUUCUCUAAGGAUAAAAACAUGAUAUAGAACAUUGUUACUUUUCAUAAGUAUCUUUGCAGCUGGUCCACAUUCAGAAUCAAAAGUCGUUACCUCAGUUUUUAUUUUGGAAGUUGUAGGUUUCUAUACUGACAGCUGUAUCAAUGAGGGUCCAGUCUUCUAUAGUGACCACCUUAUCAGUCAGGGUCCAAUGUUUGCGGCCCACUGGAUGGCAGAGAAGCUCAUUGCAUUGCCCAGGCCGGAUCUGUCUGCAGUCACCAGGGAAAUAGGAAGCCAUCCUUCGUAUUUUGAGGUCAGACUCAGUUGCUGGGCUGGUGCACUUAGGGCGAUCAGGGUGCCAUUACAGACGGGAAGCCUGGAGCACUUAAGGUCUGUGUGGGGAGGACCAUGGGAAGGUGGUCACUGGGCCGAGCUGGGACUGCCAUUCUGGGCAAAAGGCAGGGGCAAAGCAUCACGGGAUGUGUACACCUGCUGACCAGCCAGGCAGCAGCUGGAAUGAGCAAUGUCCCUAGGGCACCUUCUACUGAGAAAACGUAACAUGCUGUUUGGUGUAAAGGAGAAAAGCUUAAAACAAUCACUGAUUAUUGUUGAGCAGGUAUUGAAGGCUACGUGUGCAUCUGAGAGAGAACAUAUUUGUAACUGGCACCACAGCCCAACCAGAGAGGCUGGGAAGUAAAAUGUGAUCUCAUAAUUUGGAAUAAUGCCCAAUAAGACACCUUAUAAAGGGAUAGCAGUCUAUACUAGACCUACUUUGUGUGGAGAAAUCUACCUAGGCUAGAGGUGAUACUGAAAAUAUUGUCACUUUUUUUCAAAUAAAUUCCCCUGUUUUCUAGAAGAGACAUUUAUUAAACUGUGAAACAAAAGAAAGUGUUGAAAUACAUUAUUCAUUCAACGAUGGUGAGCAUCUGUGCAUGGGUACUGAGGACUCAUAGCUAACAGCCCUUACCUUCAAUCAACUUAAACUGGUAAAAUAAACAUUAAUUUCUUAAAUUAUCGUUUGGGAAAUUCUCUACUGAAAUUUUAUUUCCUAGGUGGAUAUUUCAAUACAAUUUUUCUUGUCAUGUAAUUACAUAGUUCCCAUUGAGUAGAUGCAGACCUUUUCUUUAUAUGGUUAUAUGCUAACCAUGAAAAUAUAAUAGUAAUAGGUAACUUACUGUGUUCCAGAUGUUCUGAAUGCCUUAUAUGUAUUAUUAACUCAUUAAGCCUUCACCACAACCCCAUCACAUAGUUAUCAGUAUUUCACAAAAGACAUGUUAAGUAACUUGUCUAAGAUUACACAGGAUUCAGGGCAGGUAGUCUGGCCCCAGAGCUUCACAAGAGAUUACUCUUUUGAAAAUUUAUUAGGAAAUUCUGUAAUUUAGCACAUUAAAAAGACACUGAGCUGGGGAAAUGCCUCUCUGUUGACAGUGAAAACAGCUUGUUGAACUCAGUAGCACCUCCUACAUGAAUAUAGAAAUAAUAUAGAAAGAAGUCUGUAGCUAAAUGUCAGUAACCGGACAUUUAGUGUCCUCUAGAUUUUAGUAUUAAUGAAUGAUCUAUCCCUUUAACCUUUAACCUGCUGAUUCGUGAAGGGGAAGUAGCUGUGUGGAUUAAUAAUUAAGAUCAGAAACAGAAAAACACCUCAGUGUUCUUAUUUAGAGGACAACUCACUGGGUGAUGACCAAAGAGUUCUUUACUUUUGCUCAGGGAUAACAAGGUUUGGAAAAAGAAAUGUCUAAUAAUAAUUUUUUAAGUUAAUAAAUGUCCUUGUGGUUGAAAGUACAUGUUCUUUCUAUGCAGAUAGCAGAAUUUGGUAAGUAGAAAUAUCUCCUUGAUUUUCCCCAGAUUGUAAAUUUCUUGAAUAUGUUUUUGUUUGAAAUAUAGCACUUCUCCACCCCUCAUCCUUACUAUCACCAACACAAUUAUGAAUUUGCUCACACCUUGUAGGAUGCCAGACUGGGUUUCUCCCACUCUUUCCCCUUUCUCAACCCCCUAAAUGUCAGUCUGACCUUCACCCAACACAUUUGUUUUUUAAGGGCCUGAGGAAUCGUGUUGGGGCAAUUCUGUGCCUAGGUUUCAAGGUCAUACCGAUUAAGUGAAAGUGUUACCAUUUGUCAAGACUAGUUCAUAACAUGCUUUCUGUAAGAUGUUCUGAGGCUAGUUUCCCUUUUGUGAUGGGUGGAUGUGUGACCGUUUUAUGAUGGUAGCAUUGACUCAUCUCUUAUUCCGAGGUCAGAGAAGUCUUUUUGUGCAUUUAUGUUUGCAACAUUGUAAAUAAGACACCAAAAGCAGCUUACCUGACGACACCUCCUUAUCUGCAUCAAUUGUGCUUUUUCAUUAAUGAAAAAUUGCACUCCAUUUAAUUGGAGGAUAACUGUUUAGCAAAGGUUUGUACCUCAUGGUACUCAGAUAAUAACAGGUAUUUGGUGGGUUUUUUUUUGUUUUGUUUUGUUUUUUAAAGGAAAAAUCAUUGAGUAUGUGCGGGGGGUGGGGGGAUAAGAUUGUAACAAAUGGAAAAAUACUUAUGUUAUUGAAUAGAUGCAUGGACAAGGACACAAGAGUAACAUGAACAGUCAGAAACCUGAUUUGAUCAGAGACAGGUCUGACAUUCUCUGUUUUAUUUAGAAAAACUACAGUUUCGUUGUAAUUUUUUUUUUUUAGCACUGAAGGAAACUCCUUAGUGGUUAGUGUUCGCUAUUGGCAUUGGCCUAAAGUUACCACACAAGAAGUCUGCCAAACAACAGAAUUUUUUAAAUUUCUAUACAUCUUGGUUUGGUAGCUGUUUUAUUUCACCUUUAGAAAGACAUUUUAAAAUCACAAGCGAUGACAAUUUAAAAAUAAAUGUGUAAGAAACCCUGAUAUUCAUGUACACGUCCUGCUUGGUGACCCUUUGUUCUGUGUCCCAAACAUGUUCCAAAUUUGACAAGAAGAUUCAGCUUUGUUGCCUACUUUGAUGCCUCUGCCUGCCCCCUCUGCUCCCAAGGAGCCAUGUAUGUGGAUUCAAGGGCAGGACAUUUAUUAGGUUAUGGUGCCAUGACUGCCAUCUAUUAGGACUCCCUAUUAAUUUGCCACAUGGCAGGUGUGAUCAAAUCAGCCUGAAGCUUUCCCUUCUUAGAGGGCAGCCUUCUUAGGAAGGCUGAAUUAGAUUAAAUUAUCUGCCUUGAGUCUUUAGGGCAAUCUCUCUUCCUUUUGAUUUGUGUUCUUGGACAAUUCUUUGUAAUGUUCCUGACGGAAGGGUAAGCUGAAGAGCUGGGAAGAGGGUGUGGACCUCUGUAUAGGCUAGAAGAAGCCAAGGAAGCUGUUCAGCCUGUAUUUGUUCAUUUAGGCAGUGGUGUGCUGGUAAAUGUUUAACAACCAGCUCUGAGAAAGAAGCGUCUGUGCAUCUAUUAUCAAGUGUAAGUCCAUUAGAAAGUUUACUGAUAUACAAAUAAUAAAAUAGUCAAUUGAUAAAUUUAAUAGGAUCUGCAAUAUUAAAUAUAAAUGUAACAUAGCAAUAAUUCAAUAAAAUGUACAAUUCACAAAUAAUAAAACAUACAACUCUAUUGUAAAUUUGAUUUAUAGCUCACUGAUUCUUACAGAAUGCUUUCAUUGGUUUUAUGGAACUCCUGUAUCUGUAGCCAAAUUAUUAUUGAUGAAUAAGUGUGGUCCCUGACAUGAAUGUUGGCUGAUAUUUUUCUUUAAAUGAAAGAAUAAGAUUAAAGUUAAAACAGCAAAGACAUGUGUUGGAA